CAAAUCCAUACCAAACAAUCAAAUUCACAACUCUUUAACUCAUAAACAACAUCCUUUUCUUCAUCUCUUUCUUCUGAUAAUUAAUUUGUUUCAACUUAGAAAUGGCCUCCAACACCACCCCUCAUCAUUCUGGAAACUCUUCACUAAAAUUCACCAAGGGUGCUCAAGGAAUGAAGAUUUAUCCUAGAAACUUCAACAUUGUAUGGGGAAACGACACUCGCUAUUGGAACGUACCAAAAAACACUGAUUUGGCGGCGGAGCUUUGUCAAGUGAGCUGGCUGGAGGUGACUGGCGGCGUGGUGGGAACAAAGGCGGCAAAGAGCUAUGAAGUAGGGUUUAGCGUGUCGUUGAAUCCGGACGCAUUUGGGUGGGGAAAAUACCCGAUUUAUAUCAUGAUUAAGAGAGGGAAUGAAGAGAAGGCUACAUGGACUAAGAUUAUGAUUAACCCUAAUCAGAAAGGGCAGUUUGAGAUUAAAGGGAGAUUGGUGAUAGGAUCCGAUCAUCAAAUCGAAGGUUCGGAUGAUGGGAAGCUCAGCUUCGGGUUGUACGAGGUUUGGAGUGGGAAGUGGAAGGGAGGUCUCAAGAUUCACCAUGCAUAUGUGAAGGAGUGUUGAUUUGAUCAUAAUUUUUAUGAGGGUUGAUAUCUUUUGUAUUGGUUUGGCAAUUACUUCAUUUCAUUUGAUGAUGUUUUGUAUCUUCAUAUAGAGAUUGAUGGAUGUGUAAUUUCUAAUAUCUAUUAAAAGGUUGAUCAUUUUAUUGUUA